AAAAGCAGCAGGAGAGGGGGGCCAUGUGGAAGCAGUGAUGGGAGUGCUGCAGGAGGUAGAGUCAUUAGCAACACAGCAACCAGCCAGACUAUCCCUUCUCCAGCAGACACUCUGCAUGGCUCUGCUCUGCUGCCCGUUCCCCCACUCUCCCUCUCUUGCCCCCUCCCUCGCUGCCGCUGGUGCCGGCAGUGUUGCACCUGCUGGGGUAAUCGGGUUACCAGCAGCGGCUGCGGCUGGUGGAGGGGUGGAAGGGAAGGGGGAUGGGGGCAUGGUGGUGGAUGCGGUGCUGAGGCUUCUAGAGCGAAUGCUGCUGCAUGCGUACAGUUCCGAGUGUGCACAAGUAGCACUUGCAUCACGCUCGUUUUCACAAGGCAGGCUGUCCCCGUCACGACCAUUCCUCUCGUCGCCUGUACAGCCUGUCCGAAGCUUCUCACGCCUGGCUUCUCGUGCAACUUCAAUGCUCCUAACCCUCCCUUAUUUCCCGUCUCUUCUCUCCAUCUCACUCGUCAACUCUCCUCCCCUCUCCUCCCCAAUUCCCUCCUGCCCACCUCCUCCCAUCCCCUCCCAUGCAGUGCCUGUAACCUCUCCCUCGUCGCUUCUUCCCUCCUCCACCUCCUCCACUCCCUCUCCCUCCAUCCCCAACCCCCCGUCCUGA